UCAAAAUCUACGAGAAAACUAAUUUAAAUACAUUGGAUUAUUGAAAAAAGUUAAAUUUCUAACAGAUGGCAGCACGAUAGACCUGUUCCGUCAAUGCCUCAGAGCGUACGUCAUUUCAUGACGUUUCGUUUAUUAUCAGUUUUCUGAUUAUUGUUUGUAAACAAAUGGUGAAAUUUCUUUUGUUCAAAAUGAACAGAAACCGGAAAACAGAAUCGAAAACAGUGAAAGAACUGCGUGACGAGCUCGGAGAACUUGGCGCUAAGAAAACCGGAAAUAAAGAAACGCUCCAAAAACGCUUAAACAAUUGGCAAAGCAAUAGCCUGAACUCAACUCUAAUAUCUGCUCAGCCAGUACCUGCUGAAGAUGAUACUUCGUUCGAGAAUCCUCAGAAAUUUAGCUCUAUUGAGAAUAUAGAUAAAUUAGAGUUGGAUUGGUUGAGCUUCGAGUGCAUUAAAGAAUACUUUUCGGUGCGCAAUUCGUUGAAAAGCUUUAAGGAGGGGCGCAAGCUACACCUUGCAAACCAUCUUCGCCAAAUUGGCUUUUCCAAAACAAGUGUCAACAACAUUCAAGUAAGGUGUUUCUGCAGAGCCGCAAUGAAAAAGGGAGUGCAAUAUCGCAUGCUAGUGGAACUAUCAACCACAAAGAGCAUUUCAAAAUCUUCUUGCCAAUGUCCGGCGGGUCAAGGCAGCUUCGCGGCAUGUAAGCACGUAGCUGCUCUGUUGAUCUGCCUAGAGUGUUUCUUCGAGACGGGUACUAUUUUCUCAAGUGCUUCUUGCACUUCAAAACUUCAGAUGUGGCACAAAUCUCCAAAGCUGAGCGACGAAGAUCAAUCCGGAAAAACCAUCAAUGAGUUGUUUGGUUGUACCGGCGUAUUAAAUACGGACAGAACUCCUUGCACUCAGUUUACAAAAUUUGCAGUUGAUGCUGCACUCAACAUCGGUUUACAUACGAGUUUCAAUAGGGAAAGAGAAUGUAAUAUGAUUGCUUUAUACAACGACCACGAUUACACCACAUUUCCGUUCAAGGAGUACGUGGAUCGAAUUAACAUGGUCACGAACGAAGAAAUUGGAAAUAUCGAGAACGAAACACUUGACCAGUCAAACAAUCCAGCGUGGUUUGAAUACCGGAAAUCUAGGCUGACAGCGUCGAAUAUACACAGCAUUAUCACCGCCAUGCAAACAAGCGAGAGGAAUAAAAACCGCCAAGUUGUGUACCAGCAAAGAAGAAUUUUGAAAAGCUUAUUGGACCAAAUAUACCCUCUUUGGCUUGGGGACGUGAAAAGGAAGAUAUUGCUUAUGAAAUGUUCGUAACAUCCCUUAGACAAUAUGACUUUCGAAAGUGUGGUCUCUUUAUUGACCGUGAACGGAAUUAUCUCUCAGGAUCACCGGAUGGAAUUUCUACUUGUGGAAAAUUCGUUCUAGAAAUCAAAUCGCCCUACAGCAUUUGAAAUGAAUCACCGUCGUGUGCUUCUUACUGGGAUAAAGAAGGAAAUCUAAAAAAAAGCAUCCGUACUUUUCCCAAGUGCAAUACCAGAUGCAUGUAACAGGAGCAAACGAAUGCUUUUUCGUGGUCUAUACCGAGAAGGGUAUAAAAGUUAAUUGUAUUGGUUAUGAUCAAUGUUUCAUAUCAUUCACUAUUGAACUUAUUGAAAUGUUUGUAUAUUCGUCAACUGUGUCUUCUAUGACAAUUUCACCGACAGUGUACACCUCGUCUUCAUCCAACGUUGUUAACGAACGUAGUUGCCCCUGUGUGUCCAAUACGACUUCAUUGUUAUCUUCAAAUAAUGGCGUGUUUACUGCAUCGUGGGUGUUCUAAAUAAAUUCAUUUUUUAUUGCGUCGAUCUUCAAUGAAU